AUGUCCAAGCCAGUUUCCAACGAGGAAACUUCCUUGCCUCUGAGUCCGCAAGCGGGCGGCGCUGUGGCUUACACCAACACCAAGGACUUGCUUCCCACAAUGGAUGCUGUCAAUGGCGCUGUGAUCACCCCGGCCUCCAUCCCUGUCCGGGGUGGCAGUGAUCGCCUGGUCGCCCUCGAGCUGGAGGAUGGCACCGUCUACCAGGGUUACAACUUCGGUGCGGAGAAGAGCGUGGCGGGUGAAUUGGUCUUCCAGACCGGUAUGGUCGGCUACCCCGAGUCGAUCACCGACCCCUCAUACCGCGGCCAGAUUCUGGUCAUCACUUUUCCCCUCGUCGGUAACUACGGUGUCCCGUCGCGGGAGCAGAUCGAUGACCUGCUCAAGCUGCCUACCUACUUUGAGUCGAAUCAAAUCCACGUUGCGGCGCUGGUGGUGGCAACCUACGCUGGCGAGGAUUUCUCACACUUCUUGGCUCAGUCCUCCCUGGGCGAGUGGCUCAAGGAGCAGGGCGUCCCCGCCAUGCACGGCGUCGACACCCGUGCGCUGACCAAGCGCAUUCGCCAGAAGGGUAGCAUGCUGGGCCGUAUGCUCCUCCGGAAGGCCGGUGAUGCCGACGCUACUGGUAUCGAGGGUGCCGAAUGGAAGUCCCACUUCGAGGAAAUCGAGUGGGUGGAUCCGAACACUAAGAACCUCGUCGAUGAGGAUGUUGCUCUCAAGCACCCCUCGGGCCGUGGGGUUCGAGUUCUCUGCUUGGAUGUUGGUAUGAAAUACAACCAGCUUCGCUGCUUGCUCAACCGUGGUGUUGAGGUCAUGGUCGUGCCCUGGGACUAUGAUUUCCCUAAGCUGGCUGGCAAGGACUACGAUGGUCUCUUCGUGUCCAACGGUCCCGGUGACCCAGCUACUCUGACCACUACCAUUAAUAACCUCGCCAUGACUUUGAAGGAUGCUCGUACCCCCGUCUUCGGUAUCUGUCUGGGUCACCAGCUGAUUGCCCGUUCCGUGGGCGCCACCACUACCAAGAUGAAGUUCGGUAACCGUGGCCACAACAUCCCUUGCACUAGCAUGAUCUCGGGCAAAUGUCAUAUUACCUCGCAGAACCACGGUUUUGCUGUCGAUGCUUCCAGCUUGCAGGAUGGCUGGGAGGAGCUCUUCGUCAACGCCAAUGAUGGUAGCAACGAGGGUAUCCGCCACACCUCCCGUCCCUUCUUCAGUGUCCAGUUCCAUCCCGAGAGCACUCCCGGUCCCCGUGAUACCGAGUACCUGUUUGAUGUCUUCAUCAACACCAUUCAGAGCACCAUUGCUUCUUCUGAGGCUCUGAACAAGCCCGUCGAGUUCCCCGGUGGCAUCAAGGCUGAGAACGUCAAGGCCGCCCCUCGUGUUUCUGUGAAGAAGGUUCUGGUUCUCGGCAGUGGUGGUCUGAGCAUUGGACAGGCUGGCGAGUUCGAUUACUCUGGCAGUCAGGCCAUCAAGGCUCUCAAGGAAGAAGGCAUCUACACUAUCCUGAUCAACCCUAACAUUGCCACGAUCCAGACCUCCAAGGGUCUGGCCGACAAGGUCUACUUCCUUCCUGUCAAUGCCGACUUUGUUCGCAAGGUCAUCAAGCACGAGCGUCCCGAUGCUAUCUACGUCACUUUCGGUGGUCAGACUGCUCUUCAGGUUGGUAUCCAGCUCAAGGAUGAGUUCGAGGCUCUUGGUGUUAAGGUUCUGGGCACUCCCAUUGAUACUAUCAUCACCACCGAAGACCGUGAAUUGUUCGCGCGCAGCAUGGACUCCAUCAACGAGAAGUGUGCCAAGUCUGCUUCUGCCUCGACCCUCGAAGAGUCAUUGAGGGUUGUGGAGGACAUCGGAUUCCCGGUCAUUGUCCGUGCUGCCUACGCUCUGGGCGGUCUUGGCAGUGGUUUCGCCGACAACAUGGACCAGCUGAAGGAGCUUUGCACGAAGGCUCUUGCUGUGUCCCCGCAGGUCCUGAUUGAGCGCAGUAUGAAGGGCUGGAAGGAGAUUGAGUACGAAGUUGUCCGUGAUGCCCAAGACAACUGUAUCACUGUCUGCAACAUGGAGAACUUCGAUCCUCUUGGUAUUCACACUGGUGAUUCUAUUGUCGUUGCCCCCUCGCAGACUCUUUCCGAUGAGGACUACAAUAUGCUGCGUACCACUGCCGUUAACGUUAUUCGCCACCUUGGCGUUGUCGGUGAGUGUAACAUUCAGUACGCUCUGAACCCCUUCUCGAAGGAGUACUGCAUUAUCGAGGUCAAUGCUCGUCUGUCUCGUUCAUCUGCCCUUGCCUCCAAGGCUACUGGUUACCCGCUUGCCUUCAUCGCUGCCAAGCUUGGCCUGGGCAUUCCUCUUAACGAGAUUAAGAACUCUGUUACCAAAUCCACUUGUGCAUGCUUCGAGCCCUCCCUCGACUACUGCGUCGUUAAGAUUCCUCGCUGGGAUCUGAAGAAGUUCACCCGUGUCUCCACUCAACUUGGCUCUUCCAUGAAGUCCGUCGGUGAGGUUAUGAGCAUAGGUAGAACUUUCGAGGAAGCUAUUCAAAAGGCCAUUCGAUCGGUUGAUUUCCAUAACCUCGGUUUUAACGCGACCGAUGCUCUUAUGUCUAUCACUCAUGAGCUUCAGACUCCUUCCGACCAGCGUUUGUUCGCCAUUGCCAACGCUAUGGCUGCUGGCUACACUGUCGAUGAUAUCUGGAAGCUGACAAACAUCGACAAAUGGUUCCUCAGCCGGCUGAAGGGUCUGAGCGACUUUGGCAAGUCUAUGAGUGCUUUCAAUGCCACAACCGUGCCUGUUCCGAUGAUCCGCCAGGCUAAGCAGCUUGGUUUCUCUGAUCGUCAACUUGCCAACUUCCUGAGCUCUAACGAGCUGGCUGUGCGCCGUAAGCGUGUCGAGGCCGGUAUCACUCCCAUCGUUAAGCAAAUCGAUACCGUCGCUGCGGAAUUCCCGGCUGUUACCAACUACCUUUAUCUGACCUACAACGCUUCGGAGCAUGAUCUGACCUUCGACGACCACGGUAUUAUGGUUCUGGGAUCUGGUGUUUACCGCAUUGGUUCUUCCGUCGAGUUCGAUUGGUGUUCCGUGCGCACCAUCCGCACUCUGCGCGAGCAGGGUCACAAGACCAUCAUGGUUAACUACAACCCUGAGACUGUCAGUACCGACUACGAUGAAGCCGACCGUCUGUAUUUCGAGAACAUCAACCUCGAAACUGUCCUCGAUAUCUAUCAGCUGGAAACCUCUAGCGGCGUGGUUAUUUCCAUGGGUGGCCAAACCCCUAACAACAUUGCUUUGCCCCUGCACCGCUUGAACGUCAACAUUCUUGGUACUUCUCCCGAGAUGAUUGACAGCGCCGAGAACCGCUACAAGUUCUCGCGCAUGCUUGACCGUAUUGACGUGGACCAGCCUGCCUGGAAGGAGCUGACCAGCAUUGACGAGGCUCGUGAGUUCUGCGACAAGGUCGGCUACCCUGUUCUUGUGCGUCCCUCGUAUGUGCUUUCUGGUGCUGCCAUGAACACAGUGUACUCCGAGCACGACCUGGCCAACUACCUGAACCAGGCUGCGGAUGUUUCCCGGGAGCACCCCGUUGUCAUCACCAAGUACAUUGAGAACGCGAAAGAGAUUGAGAUGGACGCUGUCGCCCGCAACGGUGUUAUGGUUGGCCACUUCAUUUCCGAGCACGUUGAGAACGCUGGUGUCCACUCUGGUGAUGCUACUCUCAUUCUGCCCCCUCAGGAUCUCAGCGCCGAGACUGUGCGUCGCAUCGAGGAGGCUACCCGCAAGAUUGGUAAUGCUCUGAAUGUCACCGGUCCUUACAACAUUCAGUUCAUUGCCAAGGACAACGAUAUCAAGGUCAUCGAGUGCAACGUUCGUGCUUCGCGUUCGUUCCCCUUCGUCUCCAAGGUCAUGGGUGUCGACCUGAUCGAGAUGGCUACCAAGGCCAUGAUCGGCAUUCCCUUCACCGAGUAUCCCCCCGUCAAGGUUCCAAAGGACUAUGUCGGUGUCAAGGUCCCGCAAUUCUCCUUCUCCCGUCUCUCUGGUGCCGAUCCUGUCCUAGGUGUUGAGAUGGCCUCCACUGGCGAGGUCGCUUCUUUCGGUCGUGACAAGUAUGAGGCCUAUCUGAAGGCUCUGCUGUCUACCGGCUUCCGCCUGCCCAAGCGCAACAUCCUAUUCUCUAUUGGUUCUUACAAGGAGAAGUUGGAGAUGCUGCCCUCGAUCCAGAAGCUGCACAAUCUUGGCUACAACCUGUUCGCCACCUCUGGUACUGCCGAUUUCCUCAAGGAGAACGGUGUCCCGGUCAAGUACCUUGAGAUCCUGCCUGGUCAGGAGGAUGACAUCAAGUCUGAGUACUCUCUUACUCAGCACUUAUCCAACAACCUCAUUGAUCUGUAUAUCAACUUGCCAUCCAGCAACCGCUUCCGCCGACCGGCCAACUACAUGUCUAAGGGUUACCAGACCCGUCGUAUGGCCGUGGACUACCAGACUCCUCUGGUCACCAACGUCAAGAACGCGAAGAUCCUGAUUGAGGCUAUUGCUCGCCACUAUCCCUUGAACAUCCAGACCUCUGAUUUCCAGACCAGCCACCGGACUGUGGUUCUCCCGGGUCUGAUCAACAUUGCUGCUUUCGUCCCGGGUCUUGCCACUCCUGGCUCCAAGGACUUUGAGCAGGUUACCAAGGCUUCCAUCGCAGCUGGCUUUAGCAUGAUCCGUGUGAUGCCUGUCGGUGUUGACAGCUCGAUCACCGAAGCCAGUGACCUGAAGGCUGUUCAGCUGAACGCCCAGGACCAGUCGUACUGUGACUUUAACCUCUCCGUUGCUGCCACUGCCACCAACUCAGAUCAGAUCGUCCAGGUGACUAGUGAGGUUGGCUCUCUCUUCAUCCCCUUCAACCACCUGUCUGGCAACAUCAACCAGGUGGCCACUGUGACCAACCACUUCGGAGCCUGGCCCUCGAGCAAGCCUUUGAUCACCGAUGCCAAGGGCACUGACCUUGCCUCGAUUCUGUUGCUGGCGAGCCUUCACAGCCGCAACAUUCAUGUCAUGAGCGUGACCACCAAGGAGGAUAUCAACCUUAUUGCUCUCAGCAAGGAGAAGGGACUGAAGGUUACCUGUGAUGUCUCCAUCUUCGGCCUGUUCCUGUCUCGUGAGGACUACCCGGCUUGCGGCUCUCUGCCCUCUGCUGAGGACCAGAAGGCUUUGUGGGACCAUAUGAGCACCAUCGACGUCUUCUCUAUUGGCAGCAUCCCCUUCCAGCUGGCCGGCAAGGAGGCCUCCCCCGAGGUCGGCAUUGCCGAGUCCCUCCCGCUGCUCUUCACUGCUGUAGCAGAGGGUCGCCUGACUAUUGAGGACAUCACUGCUCGUCUCUACGACAACCCCAAGAAGAUCUUCGAGCUGCACGAUCAGGCUGAUGCCUCUCUUGAAAUCGAGGUUGACCGGCCUUACGUGUUCCAGAGUCCCCGCGGUGCUUGGUCUCCUUUCAACGGCAAGGUCAUGCGCGGCUCCGUUCAGCGUGUCGUCUUCCAGGGCAAGACUUCUUGCCUUGACGGCCAGCUUUCCAAGGAUGCCAGCAAGGGCACUGAUAUGUCCUCCCACCGCAUUAUCCCUACAUCCCCUGUGCAGAAGCCCACUACCCCCAUGGUUCGCCCUGAGAGCGCACUUGACCGCCAGCUGUCUGUUUCCGGUACUCCUGGCCGUCACGCUCGUGCUCGCGCUCUGGAUGCCUCUGUUCCAGUCGGCGAGCUUGGACCACCCCUGUAUGGUCUUUCCGGUCAGGCCUCGUCCCCGCUGUAUGAGAUGCUUUCGCGCUCUCCUUUCCGUCAGAAGCAUAUCCUGUCCGUGAGCCAGUUUACUCGCGCGGAUCUUCACCUGCUUUUCACUGUCGCUCAGGAGAUGCGUCUUGGUGUUCAGCGCCAGGGCGUCCUUGAUCUCCUCAAGGGUCGUGUUCUGUGCACUCUCUUCUACGAGCCUUCGACGCGCACCUCAGCUUCCUUUGAUGCGGCUAUGCAGCGCCUCGGUGGUCGUGUUAUUCCGAUCGCCACCGAGCACUCUUCCACCCAGAAGGGCGAGACUCUCCAGGAUACCAUCCGCACUCUCGGCUGCUACGCUGAUGCCGUGGUCCUGCGUCACCCCAACUCCAACAGCACCGAGGUUGCGGCCAAGUUCUCCCCCGUGCCUGUCAUCAACGGUGGCAACGGAUCCGUUGAGCACCCCACUCAGGCCUUCCUAGACCUGUUCACCAUCCGUGAGGAGCUCGGCACCGUCACCGGCCUGACCAUCACUUUCACUGGUGAUCUCAAGUAUGGUCGCCCUGUGCACUCCCUGAUCAAGCUGCUCCAGUUCUACGACGUCCGCGUGCAGCUGGUCUCCCCCAAGGAGCUGGCUUUGCCUGAGGAGAUCCGUCAGCAGCUGAAGGCGUCUGGCCAGCUGAUCAGCGAGUCCGAGGAGCUGACCCCGGAAAUUGUUGCCCGCUCGGAUGUCCUGUACUCCACUCGUGUGCAGAAGGAGCGCUUCUCCGACCUCGCCCAGUACGAGCGUCUGAAGAACAGCUUCAUCAUUGACAACUCUCUGCUCAAGCACGCCAAGAGCCACAUGGUUGUCAUGCACCCUCUACCUCGUAACGCCGAGGUGGCCGAGGAGGUCGAUUUCGAUCAGCGGGCUGCCUACUUCCGCCAGAUGCGAUAUGGCUUGUACUGCCGCAUGGCGCUGCUAGCCCUGGUCUUGGCUCCUUAA